GAUAUUCUAAAUGAAAUUCCAAGUAACUGAAAAGUAAGCAUCUGGCUCACUCGAAAAACCUACAGAAGAUUGUUUAUAAUUUCUCAAGCGUCCGCGUGAUUGUUUUGACAUGUGUUCAACGUUCUGGCGAAUUUAAGAUGUCGUUGGAUUCAUUCAACGCAAGUGAGGUACAGGCUAUUGGGGCCACAUUGUCAGCAGAUGCCAGUAAAUUGGGCAACAGACCAGAUGUUGAAUUCCAAUGGGCAGUGAAGGCAUAUCAUCACGCUGAAACAUACGACAAUCUGCUCCGCUCAGUGGAUGCCAAGUUGUUGAAGCUGACCCAACUGGAUACUGAAAUCUACACACACUUCCGUGCAGAGUUUCCUGACAUGAACGUAGACAUGCUGGAUCUCGACAGUAUGAAAACUGCGGAGUCAAAAGCGAAAUGGCGCGAGUUUUGUGGACAGUAUGAGAAACGCGUGGAGGAUUUCAACAUGGGCACGCUAAUACGGGUCAACAGCAAGGAGGAAUUCUCAGAAGUCAACUCUACACUAGUUGUGCGCAUACAGUUUCUGGCCAUAGAGAUCGCAAGGAACCGAGAAGGCUGUAAUGAUGCCAUGAAGAAAAAGCCUUCCACCUCAUGACAUGACAAACAGCAGGGGGGAUACCUAUAUUGAUAGACUUAGGGCUGAACCUGCUGAAGUGGUGACCACUACAGUCAUGAGUACAUGAAUGGAAUUAAUGAAUUUCCAUGUUUAUAAUUAAAUACUGAUUUUAUGCCAAAUGCAGGAGCACUUAAAGAAAUGGCUGUACUGAUAAAGUGAUAUGAAGGGAGUCAUUUUAUUAGGAUAUCUCCCAAGUUACUUUGAUUUCAGGCUUGUGAUGAAUGAAAAUAGGUUUAUUUUUUUAUGUUCUUAAUUGUAGAAACGUUGUAAUUUUUCAGAACUUAAAGUAAUGGCUGUACUGAUAAAAAGAUAUGAAGCAAGUCAUUUUAUUAGGAUAUCUCCAAAGUUACUUUGAUUUCAGGCCUGUGAUUAAUAAAAAUUGGUUUAUAUUUUCUUAAUUGUAGGAUUGCUUUAAAUUUAAUUUUUCUGAACUUGAUACUUUCUUUAAUUGAUUUUUACGGAUGCUUUUUUAAGUGUUGCCCAAAAUGCAUGGGUGAGAACAGUUGACAUAAAAUAUGUUAAUUGAACAAUUGUACUCCAUUCUUUUGCAUUGUCGUUCCUUUACACGGUUCAGUGUCUGUAUUAAUUUUAAAUUUUAUUUUAAUGAAUUUUAUAAAAUGUAAUACAA